UUGACUUUAUUCGGCAGUAAGCAUUUGUCAGAGUCGCAUGGGUUAUCUAUUUUGUAGGGAAAUGGGUGAACCAAAAUGUUUGUUUUUUGUUCUAUUGAUUUGGUGUCUCGGCACAGUACACGGCCAAGGUUACUCCAUUUCAGCUCAAGAUUCCCAACAAAGCUGCCAAAAACUCAAACUGGAUCAAGGUUAUUUUGACUCGGAUAAAGAAACGUACCAGCAUGGCACGGAACUUUACUAUGCCUGCGAUAAAGGUCGGAAACCUGUGGUUGAGGGGUGGUGGGCGAUGGUUAAGUGYGAGAACAGAAAAUGGUCCCACAUACCUCAGUGCAUAGAUGAGARCAGCUGCAUUGCUCCAGAGAACCMUAAUGCUAAAGUGAAAAAMCCUGAUGUGAAUGGAUGGUAUCCCAAUAGAAAAAUAGUUUGGUUUGGCUGUGAUUCAACACAUAUCAUUAAGGGCUCUAUCGCAGCUACGUGUGAGAAUGGGACUUGGACAAAAUUACCACUUUGUGUAGAAAGAGRCGACUUGUGUGGAGAACCUCCUCUUGUGACCAAUGCAGUUGUCACUCAUAAAUAUCAGGAGAAGUUCCAAGACGGCUCUAAGAUAAAUUAUAAAUGUCAGGAUUCAUAUACUUUAAAAGAAACUGACUCUAGUGUUUGCAUAUCUGGAGAUUGGACCACAGCUCCCACAUGCAUUCCAACUCCAUCCACCACAGAGAGGGCCAGCACAGGUGAAGGAGGCAGCAGCACUUCGAGUGACAGAGGGAAUGGUGGCACAUCUAGUGGAGGGGGCCACAGCACAUCUAGCGGUGAGGAGGCCUCACCCAAUGUCAGACCCCCUGCCAGACCACAACCUAGUAGUCCAUUUUUACCUGUUGAUAGGUGUGGAGAGAAGCCAACAGUUGAUAAUGGGGAUUUUAUCAGUGACUCUGACAGMAAWCRAAURGCACUGACCUUCAAAUGCAUUAACUAUUAUAAACUUGUGGGYCCAGAGCAAGUGAUGUGUCAUAGUGAUSAAACGUGGUCAGARCUACCCAUUUGUAAAGCUCCCUGUACCGUUGACAAAAKGACUUUURACCUGCUGGAUCUUAAAAAAGAUAUGUUUGUGAAGGAAGGAGAGAGUCAGACAUUUCUCUGUAAAGAACAGGAUUAUUGGAAACGACCUUUUGUUGCUGAUGUUCGAUGUCAGAAUGGASAAGUGRCARUUGGCAGAUGUACAUGUAUGUAUGAUGUACUACACACAACRCAAAGAAACAGAAUAUACAGUACUYAAUYARCACAAURUUUYCUUUGUUUAKCMWUUGUUUAUUAUUUAGUUUAG